GUGCUUUAUAUAGAUACUAUAUAGCAAAAAACCGGUUCAGUUGUAUGAUGCUAAACAACAGAUGUGCAAUCUAGCUGGCAACUGGUUGAGCGACCACAACAAAAAAAGCAGCAACAACAACGAGUAAAAUCAAAAAUUACACUUGUAUGUGCAAGAUUUUCACUUAUUGGAAGUGGGCCAAGAAUUGCAGCAUUGAACCACAUUAAACAGCAGAAAUUUGCAACAGCCAGCUGAGACCUGAGAACUGACAACUGUCGUCACAGCAAGUAAUCGGCCCUAAGUAAACACAACCCAAGUGAUUUGUUUGUCGUAAUCGCAAUCAAACAACGAGAAUCGAGGGAUUUGUGAGAAUUGCUGUGUGUGCUGUGUGGUGUGCAAAGCGCAUACAUUAUUUUGAGCUGCGACGCUUACAUAACAAUAUAUAAUACCAGGCUGCUGCUUUAAACCCUUAGGACAAAAUGUCGCAAAAAUCAGCGCUUAUCGAUGUGGAUCAGCCGCUGUUCGAUCUGAAAACGUUUACGGGUCGCUUUCAGUACUAUGCCUGGAUGACGGAUCCCCGCACGGUGCUCCUCCCCAGCGACCGUCUGCUGAAGGCCAAGCAAAUGGUGGACAAAUACCGUGCCGGCGAUCAGACAGCUCAGCUGAAAUCCCAAGAUGUUCACUACAACAUGAAGCUGUACAGCUCCGCCUUUCAUCCGGAUACGGGCGAGCUGCAGAACUUUGCCGGUCGCAUGAGUUUUCAGGUGCCUGGUGGCAUGCUGAUUACGGGCGGCAUGUUGGCCUUCUAUCGCACGGUGCCCGCUGUUCUGCUCUGGCAGUUUCUCAAUCAAUCCUUCAAUGCCGUUGUCAACUAUACAAAUCGUAAUGCCAAUUCUCCGACAAGUGUCACACAGUUGGGCGUGGCAUUUGCAUCGGCCACAACGGCAGCAUUAAUCGCAGCAAUUGGCUGCAAGAAUUAUUGGGCGAAGAAGGCAACACCACUGCUGCAACGCUAUGUGCCCUUUGCGGCUGUGGCAGCAGCUAAUUGUGUCAACAUUCCGUUGAUGCGCCAGAACGAGAUACUCAACGGCAUCGAGGUGAAGAACGCCGAUGGCGAAGUGGUCGGCCAGAGUCGCCUGGCUGCUGUCAAAGGCAUCAGCGAGGUGAUCAUCUCCAGAAUCACGAUGGCUGCACCCGGCAUGCUGGUGCUGCCAGUGAUUAUGCAGAGGCUGGAGAAGCUGCCCGCCUAUGCACGCAUCAAAUGGAUCAAUGCGCCAUUCCAAACACUGAUGGUGGGCUGCUUCCUGUGCUUCAUGGUGCCCACGGCAUGUGCGAUUUUCCCGCAACAAUGCGAGCUGAGCACCGCCACAAUGCGAACAUUCGAGCCGGAACUCUACGAGGACAUGGUCAAGCGCACUGGCGGCACUGUGCCCAAGCGUGUCUACUUCAACAAGGGUCUGUAAGGAACCGUGUGCAUCGUCUUGACCUGACGCUUAGACAAUAAUGUGUUUGAUGUUUGUUGUUUGUCAUCGCUUAGGCAUUUAUAGAAGCGUGCUCAACGUUUUGUUUCUUGUUCCUUAUCGCAGCUACUAGUAGUCCUUUUAUAUAGUAAGUCGAAAAGUAUCAAGUUUAUUAUAUGUGUGUUCCAAGUGUAGUUUGUAUUUCAGUUAUAAAUAUUGGAUUUGUAUGCAAAUUGAAAUUUACGGACCUGUGCCCAAAGCUAAAGAAAAUACUAGAUGAGAAAGUGUGGAGAUGAGAUUUAUUAAACAAACAUUCAAAACCAAUUAGAAGUUGUAAUUACUUCAAACUCAAAGAAACAAAUCUAGUCUAUGCGAUUUUUAGAUAAAACAAGCUGAAACUAAUAUAAAUCUAAAUUCCUUUCGACUUUUAACAUUCAACUAUGCCGAACAAGAAAAAAACAAUUAUUCUUUAGGUAAAACAAGCUAAAAUUAAUGGAAUUUCGUCUUAGUUUUUAAAUAUUCUUUAAAUAUGAAAUGACCUGUUAUGAAUUUAUACAUAUUUAAGGGUCGCUGAUUUGGCAACAAAUUUAUAUUUUCGGUAUGUAUUAAGUAUAUUUUCCUUGUGGCAGCUUAUCAUUUGGGUACAGGUGCUCCAUAGCAGUAAAGGGAUAAUUUGGUUUUUCAUUUUAAUGGCAUUUUACACUAAUUUCCAGUCUGAAAGUAAUUUGUGACAUGCGUGUUUAUACUAAGUCAUUAGGGCAAUGCUUAAAAUAAAUACAACUAAACAAAAGGAAUAAAAA